UCGUUGCUUGGAUCCCCUUGCGUCCUGCCGAUUUUUGCCAAAAACAGAUCCCCUCCUUCCUUAGUCCCCUUCCCUGAAAUCAGAACACCCACCACCUCCUGCUGCUGCGCCACGCCAUCGCCGCCAUGGCCGACCGCCUCCUCCUGCUCGUCCUCGUCGCCGCCGCCGCCUUGUCCGUCCUCGUACCCUCCCCAGUUGCAGCCGCGCGCCCGUGCCACACCCUCCUGGUCUCCUACUCCGCCAACGCCAACCCCAGCAACGACCCCGACCACCGCGCCCCCCUCACCGCAACGGUCCUCACCAUCUUCCGCGUCCGCCGCUUCGGCUCCCACCUCCUCCUCCGUGCCAAGCCUGGCGGCCACGCGCACCCCCACCCCGACCACCGCCACCACCACCACCUCCACUCCAUCCCUGCGAACAUCCAGAUCCGCCGCCCUGAGCUCCCCCACCCAGCAGCCGGUGCCGCCGCCGGCAUCCAGGAGCGCGUCAAGGAUAUCCUCGUGAUCGUCGUCGGCAUCCUCUUCGGCGUCGGCUGCGGCGCGCUCACCGCCGCCUCUAUGUACCUCGUCUGGUCCGUAAUCGCCGGCCCAGGCGCGUCUUCCAACUACGACGGGCUAUAUGGCGACGAGGAAGACGACGCGUCCGACUACGAGAGCCCCAAGAAGGUCGGCUAUGUCAUCAUUCCUGGCAUGGAGGCCCAGGACGGCGGUAAGAACUAGGGCCAGGGUUUAGUAAUUCUCCCAGGAGAGGCAAAAAGCACCGUGAUAGACCUAUAUAUUUGCUGUUGAUGUGUCCCGUAAUAAAUCGUACUACUAAUAUGUCUUAUGAUGAUGUGUAGUUGGGGUUUAGUAGUGCUGUGCCCUCCAUGUGAAUACGCACGCUCUUGAUGCACACUUAAGCUGGGAAAUGUGCUUUGUUUCCAAUGAACUUAUGGAUUCACAAGCUUGGUGAUGUUGUGAAAUCUUACAAGUUUGCUCUGUUGUUUAUUGCUAAAGUGUCAACCAUAUUCGUAA